AUGAAGCUUCUCACCCUCCUUGCGCCCUUUGCCGCCGUGUCUGGGAGCGCGGGCUCCCUCCUCGUCAUGACCAAGGCGGUGGCGAGUUUCAUCAAGUUGUACCUGCUGCUCCUCUUCCUGCGAGUGCUGCUGAGCUGGUUCCCCACCUUCACGUGGUGGGACCAGCAGCCCUGGCUGGCUCUGAGGCAGGUCACCGACCCAUACCUGAAGCUCUUCAGCGGCCUUGUCCCCCCGCUGCUGGGUACCAUUGACCUGACGCCGCUGGUCGGCUUCUUCAUUCUCCAGUUUCUGGCCGGCUUCCUGGUGACGGGCACCGCUGACGACAUGUUCUGGUAG